AUGACCAAGGGGAACGCUCGACCGCACUUUUUUUGCUUAAGCUGUGUGAAAGUAGCACUCUUUUAUACUACGGCGACUUGUGGAAAACUCUCGCUGGCCUCGAUUGCCGCAUGUAUUUUGUGGGUUGUCUUCAUUAAUCCUGGUUCUGAACCUUCCAAGCGCCAUCGACCAACGACCAGUGCCAGUGAGACGGCCACUUCGCACGGCCAAUCAGCCUCACUGACGAAAUCCGUGGUUGCUGGCUUCACAAGCGUCAACGCUUCACUGAGACCUUCAGUUCAGAACUACUUUGUGUGUGCAGAUUGGGGUGUGACAAGCCAACGAAGCGCGUCCUCAUCUCAGCCUUCUUCGAGCAGCUCUACAGAACAUGUCGCGGCAUUAGAAGCCUUUAUUCUUCUUCCUUCACCUCGUCCACUACGUCAAACCAGUGAGAAUGUCUUCUACCUUGGAACGGAUCCACUUGAGUCAGCUUCAAGUGUUGAAAAGAUCGUGAUGGAGGAAGCGAAUAAUGAUUUGGGUCUUUGUCUCGAAAUGGACGUCCGUCUUUCCUCUGAACACAUUGAUGGCUCUUCCAAACUCACUGUUAAGUUCCGUUCCAUGGUCCAGACGAUUGAGGCAUCUCUAACACCUAUUCUUCCUCCCUCUUCCCCUCCUCAACCAGUCUCAACUCCCAUACCAUCAGUAGAACGAAAGAUCGCUUUCCUCAGCAGUCUGGCAAGUUGGAUUCUCUGGAGACCUUCGAGUACUUCCGCCCAACAACGCCAACUGCGUCAUAUUACUCCUCCACUGAAUCGGUGGUUGCAUCUUACCCUCCCACUUGACACUCAACUCCUUCCCGAGUCACCUCUACACUUCGCUCUCUACGGCCACGCCGGUGUAUGUAUAGACAGUCUACGUGUCACUCGGUGCCUCGCCUCAACAAUCUCCAGUCUUUCCUGGCCACCAAAUAACACCCUGAAUCUGGCCCGACCCACACCACCGGUUGUACUGCUUACUCCGUCCAAUGGCGACUCGGCCACUUCCUUCCCUGCAACCUCCAAUCCUCUCCUCACUGGGGCUUUCUUUUUUGCUUGUCUACUGGUUAUCCUGAUUGCUCUGUUAAUUGUUAUCUUUGUGGCGUCUGUUGCCUGUGGACGGAGGAAAAGAAUCAGGAAGGGGGGAAGAGGAGUAGCUGGAGGUGGAGAGAAAAAAGGUAAUGAAGGACCUGUGACCCUGACUGGAGUAGAGCUCCUGCGUUCCCCCUCAAUCUCCUCACUUCCAGGUGCAGCGGUGCACCAGCGACCGAUUGAGGAGAUUUUGCAUUAUGUUGACGAGGACUCAGUGGAGAAAGUGGAUGACAUAGACAUGGAGGAUGAACAUCAUAAUUCCUCAGGUCAAGGAUCUCUAGACGCCCGACGCCUUCGGUUGAAACGGCCACAGCGGCGACCACCCCGACGCACCCAGAGUGUGGACAGCCGUCUGCAGAUUGGCCACCGCCUCCCGCCCUACGAGGCACCGAAGCAGCGGCACAUCAAACGCGUCAAGAAGCAGUCAUCAUCACAACAGCAGUCACAGCAUCGACGCGGCCGUGGCUGGCGAUCGAUGGACGCGGAACCGACAGUAGAGGUAGCUCCUCAAAAUUCCGGUCAAAGACUCUCACUUCUCCUCGCAAUCAAUGAGGAUAACGAGCUAGUUCUUGUCACUCCGGGAUCCACAAACGCAUCUGCUCACGUCGUUAAGACGGUUACCAGCAUGCGUGAACUCUUUCAUAAAGGUUUUUGA